GUACCCCCCCCCCCCCAAGACCAUACUCUGGGGGAUUCAACUGGGUUGUUGUUGUUGUCUUCCUAACAAUAUUUACUUGUUUGUUUGUUUAAUUAAAAAUUUAUAUGGUUUUUAUCCCAGGUCAUUCAGCAGAGCUACACAUUGAGAGUCUUCAUUCUUUUUCAUAUCUUUGUUCUCAAACGGAGGACAGCCUUGCAUUUCAACUCUUUGCUGAGUUUCCUUCAGUUCUUGUUCCAUUAUCAAAUGAUAACCAGUGUGUGCGGAUGGCAGCCAUGAGCUGUAUUGAAGCACUUCAGACUAUGUGGUCACGAGUUAAUUUCUCCAAAUAUAAAAAUGGCCUUUCUGCUGUAUGGGUCGAUUUUCUUGGAGAUCUGUUGGCCUUAAUCGUUCAGCAGAAGAAGCUGAUUAUCUCAGACAUGAAUGUUCUCCCAUCUUUCCUAGCAUCAUUGCUAAGCUCUUCAAACCAGAGCCUUUUAGUGCAGCAUAAUAUUGGAAAGAGAUUUGAUCAGAAAACAAAAGAUAAAAUCUUGGUUUUCAUUGUAUGUUAUGGUCUAGGACUUUCUGCUUAUGCAAAGCUAAGAAUUCUAUCACUACUUAAAGGCUUAGGAAGCGUACUAAUGCACAUUGCUGGUGUCAAGUCACAUCUAUGUGAGCUUCUGAAAAGGCGUUGUGAAUAUCACCUUGGAUAUGAUAAAUCAUAUCCUAAAUUGUCAAAGGAAGAAGUUUCCAUUCUUUGCCUUCUAUUAGAUAUCUGUACCGGCCCUUCUACUUCUAUUGCUGGUAAGGAUUUGAAGGACCCAAUAAUGAUGGCUCUGCAGUUCAGUGCUGUAGCGUCUGAAGACCCUGCUGUUGUGGAGCCCUGUUUGACUGUUCUGAGGAAUCUUACCAAUUCUCUUUUUGGAAUGUUAGAAACCGCAACUCAGGAGAUUCUCUUUCGAGACCUUGUGUGUCUGUUUCGGGCUGCCAAUAGUGAAAUACAAGAUGCUAGUAAAGGGGUCUUGCUCCGGAUUGAUAUUAGUUGCUCCAUUGUUGCACGCAUGCUUGAUUACAUCAUAUGUAUGAAAACUAAUACUCUAGGCUCAGCAGAUGGAAGGAGAAAAAAGAAAGGAGCGAUCCAUCAAGAUUCUGAUGUUUGUGGUUUGAUUCCUAAGGCCGUAGAUCCACUUGCUUUUACCAGCUCACUACUUGAUAUUCUAUUGUUGAAGAAAAACCUGGAGAACAGAAUCUCUCUUCUAGGUCCGUUGUUCAAGCUUCUUCACAAGGUCUUUAUGGAAAGUGAUUGGAAUCAUUUUGCAGCACACUCAGAUACUAUUUUGCCUACAUCAGAAAAUUCUCAGAAUGUUACUGUAAUUAACAUUCAACAGACAUUGCUUUUAUUAUUGGAAGAUAUUACUACUUCAGCUGCAGCAAAGGAUAAUGUAGUAGGCCUUGAGAUUGAACUCUUAAUUAGAUGUGCCCGUUCUACAACCAAUUCUGUGACCUGCAAUCAUGUUUUAUCAUUGCUAUCUACGAUAGCAAAGGUCAUGCCCAACAGAGUUUUGGACCAUAUAUUGGAUAUUCUGAUUAUUGUGGGUGAAACCACUGUGACACAGUGGGACAGCUAUUCUCAACAUGUUUUCGAGGACCUCAUUUCUUCUAUUGUGCCAUGUUGGUUGUCUAAAACUGACAGUAUAGACAAUCUGCUACAGAUCUUUGUGAGUUUUCUACCAGAAGUUGCGGAGCAUAGAAGGCUUUCAAUUGUUAUGCACCUCCUGAAGAACUUAGGAGUGGAUACUAGUUUGGGAGCACUGUUCUUUCUUCUCUUCCGUUCACUAAUCUCAAAAAAGCAUUUGGCGUGUACUGGUGAUGCCAGCCCUCUAAGCUACUGUAGCUCUAGCAUUAGAAUGGAGUGGGAGUAUACAUUUGCAGUGCUGUUAUCUGAGCAAUAUGAUUGCUUUGUAUGGCUUCCCUCUAUUGCUAUUCUGCUACAGAAAAUAGGAACAAAUUGUGGGAGUGAAGAAAUGUUUAUGAUCUUGGCAGUUGCAGAGCAUUUUACUUCAGAUAAAUUGCAAAAUCCUGAAAUUGCAUUCAAGCUUGAUACAAGAGAUAUAUCAGAAAGCUUGCAGCCAACUAUUGGUGCUAUUUUUGAACAUAUGGUCUCUCACCUGCUGCUAGUCGAAUCCAAAAAGCAUCAAAUGGGUACUCCUAUAAUCAGGAAGGAACUGAGAGAGAACAUACGGUCUGUCUUAAAGGCUGUUUCAAAGUGCCUUAGACCUCCAAUAUACUUCAACAUUGUUGUGCAAUUGCUUGAAAAUGCGGAUAUUAAUGUCAAAAAGAAGGCCCUUGGAAUUUUGUGUGAUACAGUGAAGUCCACGGCUACAAUUGAUUCAACACACGGGAAAAAAGAAUUAACUUCAACCUCAAGAAACCCAUGGGUUCUUUUGGAUGAGGCUGCUUUGGAAGUGUUCAGCAAAAUGUGUCUAGUUAUACUAAAAUUUAUUGAUGAUUCUGGCAAACACUCUAGUAGUCAUUUGAAAGUAGCAGCAGUCUCGACCAUUGAAGUUUUAGCUCUUCGGUACCCUUCAGACAACUCAGUCUUCCACUUGUGUCUUUCAUCGAUUUGUAAAAGUAUAUGUACGGACAAUUCUUCUGUCUCUUCUGGAUGCCUACGUGCCACUGGUGCUCUGGUCAAUGUGUUGGGGCCAAAAGCAUUGCCUGAGCUUCCUUGUAUAAUGGGAGCCUUGAUACAGAAGUUUCGCAGUUGCUCUAAGUCUGCUAUAUCAAUUUGUGAACAAAAUGAGGGUAGUCUUAUUGCAUCAUCCGAACAAAGCAACCCUGUGUUUAUGUCUAUUCUUGUUUCCUUAGAUGCAGUAGUAAAUAAGCUAGGUGGGUUCUUGAGUCCACACCUAGGUGAUAUUCUUGAACUUCUUGUGUUGUGUCCUCAAUAUACAUCCACAUCAGACGUACAGUUGAAGUUAAAAGCUGAUGAUAUAAGAAAGCUCAUAGCGAGUAAAGUCCCUGUUCGUCUUUCCCUUUCUCCGUUGCUGACAAUAUACCCUGAUGCCAUUAGAUGUGGGGAAUGUAGUUUAUCGAUUGCUUUCAAAAUGCUUGGAGAUGUAGUUGCUACCAUGGACAGAUCAACUAUUGGUGCUUAUCAUGUCAAAAUUUUUGACAUGUGCUUGCAAGCACUUGAUCUUCGCCGUCAGCAUUUGGCUUCUGUGAAAAAUGUUGAACUUGUUGAGAAAAGUGUCAUUAAUACAAUGGUGGGUCUUUCUAUGAAGCUGACGGAAUCUAUGUUCAGGCCUCUUUUUAUUAAGAGCAUUGAAUGGUCAAACUCGAAUGCUGAAGAGAAUGAAACAAAAAACCCAAACGAUCGCAUCAUUUCAUUCUAUGGCUUGGUGAACAUGUUUACUGAAAACCAUCGGUCACUGUUUGUCCCGUACUUCAAGUACUUGCUGGAGGAUUGUGUAAGACACCUCAAGCAGGUUGAAGAUGGGAAAGAUGCUGGCACUCAGAAAAAGAAAAAAGCCAAGCGUUCGGAAACAAACAAGGAUGCAGAUUGCGGUAUAUCUGUUGGAGCAUGGCAUCUAAGAGCACUGAUUUUAUCUUCACUGCAUAAAUGUUUCCUUUAUGAUAAUGGAAUUAAAAAGUUUCUCGACUCAUCCAAUUUCCAGGUCCUUUUGCAGCCUAUUGUCUCACAGCUAGAUGUUGAUCCCCCACUAUUAUUAGAACAAAAUCCAAGCGUACCUUCUGUGGAGGAAGUUGAUGACUUGUUAGUUUCAUGCAUUAGUCAGAUGGCUGUCACUUCUGGCUCUGACCUUCUUUGGAAGCCCUUAAACCAUGAGGUUUUGAUGCACACCCGUAGCAACAAACUACGGACGCGUAUCUUGGGUUUGAGAGUGGUCAGGCAGCUGGUGCAGAGCUUGAAAGAAGAAUACUUGCAGUUUUUGGCAGAAACAAUUCCAUUCCUUGGCGAACUCUUAGAGGACGAAGAGCCAUCGGUGAAAUCCCUUGCGCAAGAGAUCCUCAGGGAGAUGGAAUCCCUGAGCGGCGAAAGCAUUCGCCAAUACCUAUGAAGAAGUGUUGGAUUGUAUACUACACACACACUAGUAUUCUCAUUUGUAGCACAAAGUGUUGUAUAUUAUCCAGUGACCAUAUAGGCUAUUGCCUUCAAAUUUUGAUGAUUGCCAAUACUCACUUUUGUGCUGUUGUAGAACCAGCGAGUACUACUUCCUUUUCAUAUUAAAGUUUCUAUAUUUUUGAGUUUAAGAAAAAAAAGUAGAAUUA